GUAUAUGUGCGACGAUUUACGACACGCAUGUUGUUAGCUUGUUGGUCGGUUAUGUGCGGAAACCUGAUUGUAUAAGAAGGAAUAUUUUCUUUACUUGAAAGUUCCUGGGAUUUAUUUUCCAAAGGUAGAUUCGGAGAGCAUCAUUAUGCCUGCCAAUGAAUGGCUCUCAGUUCGGCUUGAACAUUAAUUAGAGCGGGACACCUGCUAGUGAAGUUCGAUAAUGAAACAGGUGUCGAGCUUGUGUACUACCGUGGCCACGAGUUGAAGCAUUUGUAAACUAAUAAAUAAGCAGAAGUUCGACCUUUGUUUCAUCAAUAGUAUCUCAGCUAGACAGGGACUGAACAUAUCCUGAUUCUGAAGUCAUUGUUUGAAUAAGAAGACAGUAAACACUGGCAGUGACUGGAGUUAUAAUGCGAUUUUAUGGUACUUCCUAAUUGCGCCACUGAUCUUCCGUCGGCCAGUGUUGCCGUGAUACGGAACACUGUUGUAUCACAACAGGCGUUCAUCAACGAAGGCUUGACGCUGCCUACCCCUAAGGAUUUCAACUGCCGGGAUAGUAACACUGCAAUCAUUUUUUUGUACAGGAAAGACUAAAACAUUAUGCUCCGUUAAUUUGGGGUCGACGUCGGUUUUGAGUCUUCACCUGGAGUGGAUAUUACCGAGAACCUACUUGGAAUAAGAUGCCGAUCGCGCAGACUCGCUUAGAGAUACUCCAAGUCCACAAGUUUCUGCAGUGCGUCCGCAACCAGGACAAGCCGCAGAUCGAGAAGUUGUGCGCCCAUGGGGUGCCCCACCUCAUCAACUACAGCGAGCCCAACGACGGGGAGACGGGCCUUCACCUGGCCGCCCGGGUCAACGACGAUGACAUGGUCAAGUUCCUGCUGGAACUGGGAGCCCAUCCCAACGUGGUGGACCUCAAGGGGAGGACAGCAGCCAUGAGGGCGGCUGAGUACGGUCACGUACAGACGCUGGACGUGCUAGCCAGUGCCGGGUCAGACAUGAAGAUCAAAGAUGCAGAGGGGAAAGGUAUACUGUUCUACUGCAUUCUGCCUACAAGUCGCCAUGCUAAGUGCACCCAGAUUGUUUUAGAAUGUGGUGCUGAAUGCAACAACGUAGCCAAUGACGGCAUGCCACUGUUGGUGCUAGCUUGUAUGGAGUCAGUUGAGAAUGAGAAAAUCUGCCUCCAGUUCCUGGAGAAUGCUGCUGAUCCCAACAGUGCCCAACCGUCAACAAGCAAGACACCCUUGAUAGAGGCAGCACGCAGUGGGAGCGUUCUGGUCUGUCGAGCAAUCCUUGCCAAAGGUGGGGAAGUCAACGCCAUGGACAAGAACAAAAGAACAGCGGCCCAUAUGGCAGCCAAGAAUGGUCACUUUGAUGUGCUGCACUUGCUGUGUAGCUAUGGUGCCAACCUGAGCCUGGUGGACACCAUUGGGAACACCAUGAUCCACUACACAGCCGAGGGUGGCUUUGCAAACUGCUUGAAAUACUUGUCUCAAAGAGGGUGCAAAGCAAAUACUAAGAAUGAUGAUGGCCUUCUCCCAAAAGUGAUUGCCAAGAACAACGGAUUUAAAGAUGUCAUGAAGGAGUGCCGGAAAGCAGAGCGUCUCUCCAAGAAGCUCCAAGGAGGUGGAAAAGCCCCAACUGAGGCCUGGGCGGUCAGGCUUUAUGAUUGGACCCACGAGAAUCAGACUCGUCUCAUGGAACACUUCCAGCAGAUGGACCCCGACGGCAACGAGGUGCUGUCCAAGGAGGACUUCUACGACAUCUUGGUGACCCUGGAGGCACCCAUUAAUGAGGACAGCUUCAAGGCCCUGUUUCUGCUCCAUGACAAAACCAAGGAAGGCGUCAUCAACUACCACGAGUUCCUGGCCGGGAAGAAAUACGUGCACAAGACCUAUCUCAUGUCAGCCUUCGAGAAGAAGGAGAAGAAGAAAAAGGGGAAGAAGGGAAAAAAGAAGAAAGGCAAGACGAAGGUCCCCAUGCCAAUCUGCAUUGGUGCGGAGGGUGCCAGAACUGAAAACGGCGAACCGCCCGAACAUCUUAUACACAGACACGUGCCAUUCACAGACACUGGGCGCUUUGACCGGGACCAUCCGCCCGACCACCCUAUCCAGGACGACUCGGCAUGGUACUUGCACUUCCCAGAGAAGACAUACAUUAACGUCACCGAUGCUGCCAAGAUGACAGACCUGGACUCCCUGCGUCGGGCGUACUCGCACGGGCGAUCGGUCAAUACGCAGGACAAAUACUACAAGACGGCACUCAUGGUGGCUUGUGCACAAGGCAACUUGGAGGUGGCCAGAUUCCUUUUGGAGAAUGGAGCUGAUGUCAACUGCCAAGACAACUUCCUGUGGACACCGCUUCACCAUGCCUGCCUGUCAGGUCAGCUGGAUGUGGUGGAACUCUUGGUGGCGCACCAGGCCAACAUCAACGCCCAGGCCAUGAACGGGGGGACGCCACUAAUGAGGGCCAUACAGACCUCGGCCCCGGAUAUCGUGAAGUAUCUCAUCGAGAAAGGGUGUGACGUCAUGCUGGAGAACAGGAAAGGGGACAACGCUUUGGACGUUGCGAAGUGGUGGGCUGACCCUAGGGUACUAGAGAUUGUCCAGGCCAAGUUUGAGAGCCUCCCCCAGCCUAAGGAAGGCAAGAAGGGCAAAGGCAAGAAGGGACGAGGGAAGAGUGGCCAGAAGAAGGCUCCAGUCAGGGCCAGCUCUGUGCCACCCAUACCCCAGGGCGGUAUGACAACACAGACGACGCAGGACUCGCCUACCAUCACCCCGAGAGAGAGGAAAGGAUCGGUGCUACGGGCAGCAUCAGCCAUGGCCGGGGGCAUCGAGCACCACGAGGACAUCACUUACAUUCCGUUUGUUGCCUGGAGCAACGUGCCAAACACCAGAGAGCUCAUCGUCAAGAAGGAGCAGCGGCGGAUGCGAUUUGGGGACGGUAUCGACUUCCCCGAUUUCAGAAUGCCCUUUAAGGACAACUUCAUGAAGAAGUCAGAGGCACUAGGGGGUGUUGAUUCUGACGAUGAUGACUGAGCUCAAACAUGAACUGAAGUACCAAUGGCCGGAGGAGUAGAUUUUCUACGUUCAUGUCUUUUUCAUGCUGCUCUCAUCACAACAGCUGGUGACAUGGUAACAUAAACCAUCACAAUAGAAUGAUUGAAGGUCUUGCGGGAAAGAGCAGAAGAUUGGAGUUUGCAGACACUUUCCAGGCCUAGUGUUUGAGACUUGAUGCCACUGUGUGGCUGGGGUGUGGCACGGCACAGUACUGCGAUGGUCUCAUCAAACUUUCAAUGGUGUGCACAAAACUGUGACCAUAUUGCGAGUUGGGGAAUUAUUAGGGAAUUUUUUUUCAUGUGUAUACAAGAAACUGGUCAUCAUGUACAUGUACAUAUACUAAGUGACUGAAAUUUAGAAUUCUAUUCUUAGUCAUGAAAUAGUACAACACUCCAAGGUGUAAUAACCAAGGGAAUAUACUCAGAUUCAAGGAAAACAAGUCAACAGAAGCUAUAUGCAAACUUUAGUUUUACAAAUAAGUCAUCAUUUAAAAUAAUCCUACAAAUAAGGUAUGAGUAUAUGAUAAAGCUGUGCAUUUGGUCACUUUGGCAUUUUAAUCGAUCAAACUUAACAGUUGACACUACAGAGCAAAUCACCCAUUGUAUCCAUGUACAACUAUGUUUGUAAAGUGCUUAGUUCAAUUUCUUGUAUUUCCAACUCCAAAAAUUGGUGGUUAAUCCACAAUUUCUGAACCAUGAGAAAAUAGUUUAAAAUUCCAUUACCACUGUACAACUGGUUCCCAUGCUACAGAUUGGUACUAUAUACAUGAAAAUUUGACAGGUUUGUACACAUUCAAAUAAAAAUUCUUCUGGUUUUUACAAAUUCAGAUAAAAAUUGUCCAGGUUUGCACGCAUUCAGAUGAAAAUUCUGUAGGUCUAUGUGCAUUCAGAUGAAAAUUCUACUGAUUUGUACACAUUUAGUGGAAAAUUCUAGUUUUAUGCACACACAUGGUUAAAUAUCGUAGGUUGUAUACAUGUACAUGUACAUUAAGAUGAAGAAUUAGCUGGCAUACUCAAUACUGUAUGGGUGCAAAGCAGUACAUAUAUGUAUGUCACAAGGCACUAGAUUCUGACAUGCUGUCCAUAGUUUAUUUUCAACAGCUACAACACACUCAGGAGUAGCAUACAAGCUUGUAAUUUGUUUCUUUAACUGCUGUCACAAAUCUGUUUAGCUGUUUUUAAUUAGCAUAAACAACAGACGUACAUGUACAUGAUGAAAACUCACAUGUAAUUGAUGCAAUAGGAUUUAAGUGACAUCAAAAUGGAAGUCGGCUUUUGCAGAACCCGCCUCCAAAUACUGCCUUAGAUAAUAGUAUACUUUGUACAUGUAAUGCAAAAUACAGGCCAAUUUAUGUUAAUUUAUGGUCGUGUGUGUGUGCAUAGAGUUCCUCUCUUAGCUCUACGGCUUGUGGAAAAGAGGGUUUAAAGUUUACAGUGGAUCAAAUCCAAAACUCCAAUCUGGUAACUACAAAUAACGGACAUUAUCUGGUCACGCGCAUGUGUAUGCUACAAUCAAGCUAUUGCCCUUCCAUUCAAGUACCUUUGAAAAUACAUUACAUGUACGCACUUUAAAUGCUUUUUACAUGGAUAUUUAUUGCAGUACUAGUAAAUCAUUGGUGUAAAGUGCAAAGGAUUUGACAAAUAACUAUGCACAAAUUGUUUGUAGUGUAAAUUUGUGGUGUUUGGAUCUGUCACUGAAUUAAACAAUUGCCAGUUGGUUUAAAAAUAAAAUUGCUCAGUUUAUACGUUUGACUUGAUCCAGAUGGUGACGAAUAAAUUUUGAAAACCUUAAACGACACAAAAGUGUCAAGUACAUGUAGUUUUUACUUGUCUUUCAAGAUCAAAUUGAGUCCAAGCUAACAAUCACACUGUUUGAAGGUUAACUUUAAAAUCUCCAAACCCAACUGGUAUAAUUAUUGCAAAGAUUCAAAUUCAUGUAUUAAGGAAUGUUAUGAAUUCUGUGCUGAGGAUAUCAGGGGUAUUUAAAGAGAAUCGAAAAUUUCAAAUCCUCUAAAGUAUAGAGUACCGAAGUGAAUCUGCCACACAUACAGCUUUGUGUAAAAGACUAACUGCAUGUGAACCAACUCACAUGCUUACUCUGUUCAUUUGCAAUACAAUUCCUGAUCAAGAUGACAUCACGCUUUAGUUCUCCAUGUCUCUUCUUGAAAACGUCUGUUCAGGGUAACACUGCCACUUAACUGUGACCAGAUCACUGCUCUUGGCCAGUCAUUUGGAUGGAUAAAUGUGGACAUAUUGACCCCUUAGCUCCCCUCCAAAAAACAUCUUUGGAAAAAAAAAGAUCCAGAGUGAUACAUUUCCAACACCGAUAUACGUACAUGAAAAUGGUGCUGCAUGAUCCCAAAGUGUCAGACAACAAUGUUACCUCCUGACACACUGGCAGGUUCAUGAAAAAUCCAAGCACAUUGGAAUCCUCAAUUGUUGGCACUGAAUCACAGGACAGUGAAUCAGCUGUUUUGGACAGGACUCUACUGAACAAAAGAAAUAAGCCAUAACAGGUGGAAAAACAGUCGUUUUUGGAAUUGUAGAUACUGUUUAUUCCUCAAAGCUCUGUCGCACAAUACACAAUGUAAAUUACACAUUUAGUUUUUGUGUUUUCUUUGAAUUGCACGGACAGCUACAAGCAAAUGCUUUCACACCUGGAUAACACUUUACAGUAACAAUGGAAACUUUGAAACAAAACAAGGGGCAUCAGAAUCAGUAUUACAUGUACCUUUUUUCCUAAAUACAAUACUACGGAAAUGGAAUGGGUAUAAAUUCUCAAUAAAUGGAUAAAUCAUUUUAAAGGCAGUUAGUUUUGUUAUUUAAGUGGCAAUAUCUCUCUAGAAGGUUGCUUUGUCAUCUCUUUCAUAUUCCUAAAUUGAAUUUUUUCUUCGGAUUAUUACUCAUUUGUAUUGGUACGUGUGCUUGCAAUUGUUAACAGCAAUUUAUUUUGUAAGAGUUUGGAUUCAAACUGCAACGUCCAUUUAUCUAUCACCAAUUUACCAAAAGGCUCACUAGAGAGCAGAUUUUGUGGCUUAAAAAUUUCUACACAUUUUAAGGUCAUUCAAGAGACGAGAAAAGAGGAAGCCAUUUACAGAAAGCUACUUAAAGGUACUGAAAGUACUGCAGUUUACAUGAUAAACAUGUCCCAAGGCCAAACAAAGCGUACAUUUCUAUUCUGCUGACAUUUUAAAUUUGCCGAACUUUUGAGGAUACUAAAAGGGCAGCAUAAGAUAAUAUCUUUGAUGAAGUGAAAAUUUCGUUUGAAGUCCACAUGAUACACAACAAGCUGGUUUGGAAUCUUCAUACACUACUUCAACCCCAACCUACCCCUUGCCUGCAAUAAAAAGGGGCCUCUUCUUUCUUUUAGCUGAUUACAUUAACAUUUGGAUUAAGCUCUUGGGGUUGAGAUACUCAGCAACCAACUGGAGAAAUAACAAAAUAUGAGCCCAAAAGGUGUGAUUGCAAUCUUUAACCAUUCUUGAUGAUGUAGGUAGUCAUACAUGUACAUGUAUAUCUAAUAUUUAUGGUGACUAGAAGAUGCCAUUCACUGACUAAAUAGGCCCUGGUACUUUUUUCUCCUCAGGCAACGCCUCAGACAACUUGGUUAUGCACACUGCUACAAAUGAGCAGAAAGUGAGUGACUCCAAACUGGACCUACCGCUCAAAUCAACCCUGACCAACUAAAUCAAUGUGAAGCUAUGUGAACACAGACGGUACACAAAUUUCCAGUGUACAAGUAGACACUUUGGGGUUUCUCAUGGUGAAAUCAUGUGAAAUGAAAAACAACAACCUUUCCCCCUCCCAAAAAAACUUCAAUACCUUGUACGUAUUUGUCUUGGCUAUCUCCACUGAGAAGAGACAGCCACAACAAAUACCUAACUUGUGCAAAUGAAACAAAAGACAAGACACAAUUCAAAACCAAAAAGAAAAGGAAAAUCCCAGGAAGUAACAUGCUUUGAGCAGGGUGACACAAACGAAUCCAACAAAUACACAAAAUCUGAAACAUACACGUACCGAAGCUUUUCUAAAAAACUUGUUUUUUUCCCUUAUACAUGUAUCUGUACUCAGUGGCAGCUGCAGAGAAGUUCUAGGCACAGAGCUUUCAAUACAUAAAUACACAACAAAAAAACAAAACAUCAGAAAUACAAACAAACACACAAACAAAUAAGGGUUUAUCAUCAGGGCCAUCAAUUACCCUGGAUUGUUGGGGGAUCACACUUUUAAGGCGCCGGUACAGGUACAUAAAAAGGACAGUUAAUUCUAAAUGUAAUCAAUCUUCAAUAAAUACAGCAAAGUAAAAGAUCCUUUUGAACUCCAUCAUCGCAUCCUUGUUUCUGCAUUUCCCCUUCUGCAUGACAAGGGCAACAAUAGAAACAACUGGAACAUGUACAUUUCAUUUCAUUAGCUUGUGCAAGUGCAGAAAUAAAAGAUUCUUUCUGUUGCCUUGCUCAGCCGAUAAAAAUCCCAGUUCUGUAUUUGUGUGGCCAUACACGUACACAUGGACCAAAACAUGAAUUGCACAAUAUACACGUAUUACUUCUGAACAGAUAACGCAAACAUGCUGGUAAAGUACAUGUACAUAAUUUGCACACACUAUCCGUGUAUAUGUACCGGUACAUGUCCACACUCUUUCCCACUACACAGUCUGUAACAUUCUGUUCUUAUUUCAUGUAACCGAUCUGUUUUUACACAAUGCAGAUUUUACGGAGUGUCCUUUUUCUUGGGGGUGUUCUGGUUAUUUGCUGUUGUAUUUCCUCGACUGGCUUUUAUGAGACUUGAGUUUGGAUAUGGUUUUUUCAACUUUAAACUUUUUUUAUUUUGGCACAAUCCAUUAGGGAGUCAAAUUCACACUUUCGCAAAGCAGAAAAUAUGCCGUGAAAAAAAUUCUGAGUAAACAAGUUGCUCAGUGUCAGCAUGUAAGGUACUCAUAGCUGCGUGUAUCACAAGUACGUUAGGAUCGCCAACAAUGACAUCAUGUACAUGUAGUAGAUGCAAGCUGCCUACCUUCAAAGUCGAACCAAAGACUAAAUUUUUUAACACUGGUCAAAACUCCAACAUGAUUACUUGGGAUAAAAAAGUGCUGCCAAAGCUUGGGUAACACAAAGUAGACCUAAAGAUUUUCUGGUUUUCAAGGAGUCAACCAGUAGGUGGAAAAUAAACUUCCACCCCCCCAAUACACAGGUAAGAAAUCUAAAACACUCCAGUAAAACCUUGAAUGCCAGGUCAUUGCUGGUUAAGGACAUCUGGGAAAACCACCAACUUUGCAGUGGGAAAGAGUUACAAUGUACAAAUUUGUCAGUGAGCACUCUAAGAUUUGCCAUUCAGAAAAAAACCUGUACACUCCAAUGUUUCAUAAAUAAAGCCUACAUGGAUUAUCUAUACAUUGUACACCUUUGUUUCAUUUUAAAAAACC